AUGGUGGCUAAGGUUUUUGGGGUUGGAGGUGGUCUCGACAACGUCGAUUUUGAGGGUGUGAUUUCGGUGGAGGCAGUUGUAACUGUUGCAUGGGCGUGGUACGAUGGUAGUUUUGGUGUUUUGUGUGAUGGCUUGGGUGUUUUUAGUAGCAGAUUUUGGGGUUGGGGUGUUCUAGAUGGUGGCAAAUAUGGGUGGAUGGUGUUUCGGUGGUGGUGGAUUGGGCUGGAGUAA